AUGUCGACAGCCACGCAGCAGACCAGCGGUGCUGCCGCCAAUCUGCCUUACACCUGCAACACUUGCCUGGUUGCUUUCCACCGCAGCGAUGCGCAACGAGACCACAUGCGGAAGGACUGGCACUUGUACAACAUGAAGCGCCGUAUUGCCUCUCUCCCGCCGGUAGCUCUCGAGGUUUUUAACGAGAAGGUACUGGCUGCCAAAGCCAACUCAACUCAGGCCGCCGCCAAAGCCUCUUUUGAGAAGACCUGCCACCCUUGCCAGAAGACGUUUUACAGCGAGAACUCCUACCAGAAUCACGUCAAGAGCUCGAAGCACAAGCAGCGUGAGCACCGGCUGUUGAAGGAUGGCGACGACGCUUCAGUGUUGAGCUCAGCAUUCUCAAUGGGUGAGCCGGUCGCCAAGCCCAGCGAAAGCGAAAUCGCCAAGGUCACGAAUGGGAUUCAAUCCACUACUAUUCAAGAGGAAGAGGAGGAUGUCGAGAUGCAAAAUGACAAGACUGAGUUCUCGGUCGCCCGCUGCCUGUUCUGCUUGACCGAGUCUGCCGACAUCCAGUCUAACGUUGAACACAUGUACAAGUCCCACGGAAUGUUCGUUCCCGAGCAAGACUACCUUGUUGAUCUCAAUGGUCUUCUCCACUACUUGUAUCGCAAGAUCACUGAGAAUCACGAAUGUCUCUACUGCCACGCAAUUCGCAACAACGCCGAAGGUGCUCGCACACACAUGCGAGACAAGGGUCAUUGCAUGAUCGCUUUUGAGGCUGAAGAAGAGCAGAUCGAAAUUGGACAGUACUAUGAUUUCCGCAGUACUUACUCGGACGGAGAGGAUGAUGACGAAGAUGAGGACAUGGCUGAGUCUGGCGGUGUGAAGGUGAAAACCGACGGAGAUGAUGACGGUUGGGAGACGGAUGCCUCCUCGGUUGAUGAGGAUGACGUGCUUGAUUCACGCCGCAAGGCACCCCUUGUCUACCAAGACGAGUAUGAGCUGCACCUGCCUUCUGGCCGCAGUGUUGGCCACCGUUCGCUCGCCAAGUACUACCGCCAGAACCUCAACAACUAUCCUACUCCUGAGGAACGGGCCGAACACCAACUGGCGAUUGCCAACGGAGAGAUUGAUGAGGAUGAAAAGCCUCGUGGGCGUAACCAGAACCGCGCUCUUAUCACUCGUGCCAAUGGUGGUACUGGUAUGAUUGGCGUCGGCGAGCAUACGAGAGAAAAGGUUCGGUCGGCGGAGCGCCGUGAGCGCACCCGUGCUCUGCGGUCCGAGAACCGAUACCUUGCUCGUAUCCAAAGAGCCAACAACUCCCAGAAGCACUUCCGCGAUCCCCUCCUCCAGUGA